AUGUCAAACGGCCAAAAGUCUUUUUUGCCAACUGAUAUCGCUAAUGAUGAGAAUCAAUCUGUUGGAUCGUCUUCAUCAUCAUUCGUUCCUGUUGAACAGAAUUCAGAAAAUGCUAUCCAGGUUAUCAAUGAAAAUAAGCAAUUCAAUGAAAGUAUUUUAAAGUAUAUCGAUAAUUCUACCAGCUCAUCAAAUAUUGGUAAUAAUUAUCAUAUUAUUUCUGUUUUUGGAUCGCAAUCAACUGGUAAAUCAACUUUAUUGAACCAUCUUUUCAAUACCAACUUUGACGUAAUGGAUGAAUCAAAGCGUCAGCAAACUACUAAGGGUAUUUGGAUGGCUCAUUCACCUUUGGUUUCGUCGACUUCGACAAAUGGCUCUAAGUCAGAAGAAAAUAUAUUUGUAAUGGAUGUUGAGGGUACAGAUGGUAGAGAAAGAGGCGAGGACCAGGAUUUCGAGAGAAAAGCAGCAUUAUUCGCGUUGUCUACGUCUGAAAUAUUGAUCAUUAAUAUAUGGGAGACUCAGAUCGGGUUGUAUCAGGGGGCAAACAUGGGAUUAUUGAAAACUGUCUUUGAAGUCAACCUUUCAUUGUUUGGGAAGUCGAAGUUAGAUAAGAAUGAUCAUAAAGUAUUAUUAUUAUUUGUUAUUAGAGAUCAUAUUGGAGUAACCCCAUUGGAAAAUUUGGCUGCCACAUUGACUCAGGAUUUAAUGGCAAUGUGGGAUAGCUUAAACAUUCCACCAGAAUUGUCUCAUUUGCAAUUUCAAGACUUUUUCGAUAUUGCCUUCCACACACUAGGCCACAAGGUUUUGCAACCAGAAAAGUUUUCCGAUGAUAUAAAACUCUUGGGAAAUAAGAUUAUCGACACUAAUAGCAGUGAAUAUUUAUUUAAAAAGAACUACCAUCACAAUAUCCCUGUUGAUGGUUGGACUAUGUACGCAGAAAGUUGCUGGAACCAAAUUGACAACAACAAAGAUUUAGAUUUACCUACCCAACAAAUUUUGGUAGCAAAAUUUAAAUGUGACGAAAUUUUGAACAUGGUAUAUGACGAAUUCGUUUUAGGAUUUAAUGAACAUUUGUUGACGAAUGCUCCAUCGGGCUCGUCUGAUACCGAGUCAAAUAUUGAUUACAGCGAAUUGGGAUUAUCUUUUAUACAAAUGAGAAACACUACUUUUGAAAGGUUUGAAUUAGCAGCCUCUAAAUAUAACCAAUCUGUUUAUGAGCAAAAAAGGGCUACUUUGUCUUCAAAGAUUAAUGAUAAGUUUGGUGAAAUUUUUGAGAUUUACGUCAAAGAUUUAGUUAAUAAAUACACUAAAACAUUUACCGAUACCGUAUCUUUCGGAAAGAAAAAAUUACAAGGUAACACAUUCCAUGAAGGAAUUACCAAUUUACAACAGUCUAUUUUUCAAGAAUUUUCUGAAAAUAUAGCAUUGAUUUCAUUGAAUGGUGCUUUGGAAUAUGAGAAUCAUACAAAAGGAUUACAAUUGAAAUUGGAUCAAAUGGUUUCUAAACAGCAAAUUGUCGAGCUCAAUUCUAUCAUAACUAAAUCGUUAAAAAAAUUAAAUAAUGGUUUGGGUAAAGUAAUCGUUGAGGAAUUGAAUGACCCAAAGAGUGAAACGUGGGAUAAUAUUUUAGAGAAGUUCAAUAUGUACGUGGAUAACACGGUUACUAAAUAUGAGGUUGGUCCAGGUGAAUAUGACUUUGGCUUAGGAACUUCAUUGCAAACAAAUAGCGGAGCAAUUGAUAAGCUUAAGUAUAAAUCAUGGAUUAGCUUCCACGAUUUGAUUCAUAAAUUCAUUUCAAAAGAUAAUGUAUUAAACCUGUUGAAGGAUAGAUUUGAUGAUAAGUUCAGAUAUGACGAGAAUGGGUUACCAAGAUUGUAUCAAAAUGGCCAUGAAUUAGAAAAUAGCUUUAAUGAAUCCAAAUCUUAUGCAUUAGAGAUCUUACCAGUAUUGACAAUUGCUAAAUUGAGCGAUGGAACUGAGAUUUUACCAGAGUAUGAUAUUUUUGAUAAACGCUUGAAAAAUCAAUACGGGGGUGCUUCAGUGGUUACUACUGAUGAUCAGCAGAUUAAUGUUGACUCUGAUAGUGAAGAUGAGGAAGAAGAGCCUCCAUGCUUUGCAGAAAUUUUAUCGGAAUCUGACAAAGCGGUUAUUUUAGCUAAGUUUAAGAAGGAAAUUAACGCCAAAUUUAUCGAAACAAAGAGAUCUAUCAUUCAAAAUGUGACCCAGAUUCCGUACUAUAUAUAUUUAGUUAUUUUGGUUUUGGGAUGGAACGAAUUUAUGGCCAUCAUUCGUAACCCAUUAUUUUUCACUUUGGCUCUACUUUUAGGAGCUGGUGCAUAUGUGAUGUACCAUUUGAAUUUAUUGAAGCCAGCCAGCAUAGUGGCACAACGGAUGAUCGAUGAAUCGAUUGUGUUGGCCAAACAAAAAUUAAAAGAAUUCUUACUAGACGAACAUGAAACUCAUGGAAACAAUUUGAACAAGAUCAGUGGCAACAAAACACCCGAAGGCGAGUCAAUCGAAUUAGAUAACUUAGAUCCUAAGUAA